GUCGUAUAAGUGUUUGCAUUCAAUGUGUGUUUUGUUGUAUUGAAAACACGUGUGAAUUGAGUGCUGAGAGAGACUGAAGACAAUCAUUGAAAUGAUGUCCAAAACGACCGCAAAAGCUGUGAAAGUGAGCAAAAAUCGGAAGAAGUCGUGGAAAAAACACUGUCCUGUCGACGAUGUGGAGGAAUAUCUGGACAAUAAGCGAUUCAAUGAGAGGAUUGGCGGUUCCGCUGCAGACAAAUCGGACGAAAGUCUGUUUGUGAUCGAAAAGACGGCAAACAAUGCACUCUUGAGUGAAGACAAACAGAAGGCAACGAAAGCGCCGAAAGAGUCAAAAUUGAAAUCAAUUCAAUCGGACAUAAAGUACUUUAAAUUACUUGAGUCUCAGUCCAAAGUGGAUCCCAUUUCUCCCAGAAUUGGUCCCAAAGAAACGAAGAGAACUUUACUCAACGACGACAAGAAGUUCGCCAAACUAUGGCCUCAAAAACGGAAACAGUAUUUGAGAGCAAAACAGAUGGCAGAGGAGAGGAAAGCGAUUAAAGCGGAUCCCAAACUGAGAUAUGAGUUUGGGUUCGAUCUCUGGGGAGAGAAACCGGAGACACAUCCGGACGACGAAGAAAUUGAGGAACUGAUAGACUAUCAGGAAGUUCUUAAGGGCAGUAAACCACCGAAAGUACCGAAACAUCGUUACAAUAAGCCAUCGUUGUUGCCAUCAGUAGAAGUGCCGCUUUCGGGCCAAUCGUACAAUCCUUCCUCCGAAGCGCAUCAAAGCCUGUUAGCGAUGGCUCACGACAUCGAAGUGAAGAAGAUUCGCGAAGACCAACACUUCACACGUCUUGUCGAAGAUCAUUAUGUGACCAAAGCGUCGGCGCCUAACGACCAAACGUGGUCUCAAGAGAUGUCUCACGGAUUAGGGCUCAGCGACGACGAAGACAAUGAUAUUGAAGACCAAACUGAAGAGAACGACGAGAAGAUUAGCCACCAAUUAAUUAGAGCCGAUAAAAAGAAGACAAAAGCCCAGAGAAAUAAAGAGUUAUUACAGAAACAAAUGUCACUCAAGAAGAAGUUAGAAAAGGGUUUAAAAAUAAAGGCGAAUGAAAUCUUCAAAUUGAAGACUUAUAAGAAAGAGUUGGACCGAAAGGACAAAGAGUCGACUGAGAGACAGAUGAGACGGUCGGAGAGGAUUCGGAGUAAACUUUUUAAACCGAAACGAAUGAGUCGUUACGAGUACUCGUCGCCAGACGUUGAGCUCAAUCUGACACAAGAACUGAGCGGUUCUUUGCGUUCAAUGAAAACGGAGGGAAACCUAUUGGAGGACAGAUUCAAAAGCAUUCAACGAAGAAAUAUAAUCGAAACGCGAACUAAACAGACAUUUAAACGCAAAUAUAAGCUCAAGAAGAUCAUCAAAAAGUCGUGCAAAGAUCCCAUUCUAUGAUCACCGGCUCUCGACGUGUACUCUAAUGAUAUGUUUUGUUAAUUGUUUAAAGGGUU